UUGCGUCGUCCACCUGCGAGAAGGAGAAUCGCGCGCGCGCAAGGACACCGGCUUGCCCGGAAGGCAGGACGAAGAACUCGCGAACGAGAGAAAUUUGUAAGGCGGACGUUUGUCUCUCCAUUACGCGCGGGAGUGCAUCAGCUCGAUGUUUUUCGUUUCUACGUAUGCACGGUGCGCGGUAUACAUACGUAUAGCAGCGCGGCCGAUGAUGUCAGAUUUAUAUAAGGGUUUAAUGUUAUCAAUUCGCGGAAACGGCACUGGGCGCGAUUGUAACGCUAACAAUGCGAGCGAAAUCAUUGCGCAGCGGAUCCUCUCUCGUAUUUUUUAGGAGUAUACCGAGUUUCGUCGAUCGAGCAUCCUCGUUAUGCGCAAAUGCAACUCAACGCGAUCGAUCGGUCGAUCAAUGAAAGACUCUAUCUGUCAAGAAUGCCGAUCCUUUUCUAUUUGCGAAUAAAUCAAAUUUAAAAUAUUUUAGACGUAUAAUGUACAAUUACACACGUUAAAUGUAAAACGCGUAAAAUGGUGGUGAUGCGUAUCAGCGAUUGAUGCCAAUUGCGUCUGAUCGAACGUCAUGUUUAUCUGUUUAUAUUUUAUGGAUGAAUUCGCAAUUGAAAACUGGCGUGACGAAAAAUAGCGUUCCAAGAUUAACGAGACGUCAUGUCGAGUGCGAUUCGCUGGAAAUUCGAGAUCUCGUGUCGCGUCACAAUGAAAUCUCGCGGUUUUUCGAAUCGAGGUCUCCAUGCACGCUGACACGAAGAUGUCAGGGCCGGUUUCUUAAUGGUGGCGACUUCAAGGACUUAUUGGGUAAAUACGGAGCACAAACUGGCGUUUACGCGACGCUGGCACAAAGUUAACGUAAUGAUCGGCGGCCUGUGGCAGA